AUGUCCUCGUUCGAUGCGCUCAAUAGGUACGACUCGCCCAGGUCAACCAAGGCUGCCUAUGGGACGGCCCUCGAUCUGCCUAGCGACACGGAUAUGAACGUCAUUACGGUAGUCCCCGUCGCUCUAGAUGUGGAGGCGCAGAGGACAGUGGAGACAGGACAUCCUCUCACGAUUCGAAUGCCGGAGUGGUUACAGCCAUACGUCGCGGAGGGGUGCGGUAUCGCGGUCAUGAUCAUCAUCGGCCUCAUCACCAACAUUCAAUCGACCCUCACUGGAGAAAAAGACGACCCUGUUUCACCCAAUAACGUUGCGUACGCUUUGGGGUGGGGGGUGGGCCUCAUGGCGGGCCUGUUCAUCACGAUCGACGCUCUCUUCCGUGGUUUCCCAUGGCGCAGGUUAUUGGGCUACUGGCUCGCGCAGAUGAUCGGAUCUUUCCUUGGCGCUUGCAUCGUCCUGGGUCUAUACAACCAGUUACUGGACCAAUACGAGGGUCACGGAGUUCGUACAUGGCGUUCAGCGACACUUUUUAUCAUCCGUGCACCGGCAUGGGAGAGUGAUAUCGACGCAUUCUUCCAUGAGGUGAUAGGAUCCGGUCUGCUCCUACUAGGCGUCGCUGUCGUCACAGAUCCUGGCGCCGCUGCUGAUUGGCAAACGUGGGCAAAGGCACUGAUCAUGAAUUGGUUCUUUGUCGCCGUCAGUGGCUGCAUGGGCAUCCACCCGGGAUACGCCAUCAAUCCGGCGCGCGACCUCGGUGUUCGCCUAGCCUGUUUAGCGUUCGGGUAUUCGCGUGAACUCUUCACAGACCGCAAAUGGUACUGGACAUGGGGCUGUAUCAUCGGGCCCUUUGUAGGUGGCACCAUCUUCACCUUCCUGUACGACUGGGUUGUGAGGGGGCGCGUCGAGUUUACGAUUCCGGGCCUACGGCGCUUCCUCCACGGUAAGCGCAAGGCGGUCUAG